AAUAUUCUUUGUACUUUGUUUUGUAAAGUUAUUGAAAGAGUGUAACGACAAUUUUGAAAGUGGAUGCGGUGGGGACCCGGACUUGAUACUUUGCUCCAAUCUCCUCUUUCUUCUCAAUACACACACCAAAGUUCCCGUCAACGGCAGUCCAGAACUUUGUGAAAGAAAAAGAGAAAGAGGAGGAUAAUGAGUGGAGAAGGAAAGGUGGUGUGUGUGACAGGUGCUUCUGGUUUUAUUGCUUCAUGGAUUGUCAAGUUCCUUCUUCAACGGAGUUACACCGUCAGAGCCACUGUUCGUGAUCCAAGUGAUCCUAAAAAGGUUGACCACUUGAUUAAACUUGAUGGUGCAAAGGAGAGGUUGCAACUCUUUAAGGCAGAUCUUUUGGAACAAGGUUCCUUUGACUCAGCUGUUGAGGGUUGUGAUGGUGUCUUUCAUACUGCUUCACCUGUUCGUUUUCGUUUUGUCGUAGACGACCCUCAGGCUGAGUUGAUUGACCCGGCAGUAAAGGGAACUCUUAAUGUUCUUAAAUCAUGUGCGAAAUCACCAUCUCUGAAACGAGUUGUCUUUACUUCUUCUAAUGCUGCAGUUGCAUAUAACACAAGGCCGAAGAAUCCUGGAGUCAUAGUUGAUGAAACAUGGUUUUCAGAUCCAGAUUUUUGUAGGGAAUCACAGUUCUGGUACAUACUUUCAAAGACUUUGGCUGAGGCUGCUGCUUGGGAAUUUGUAAAUGAACACAAGAUUGACAUGGUUGUUCUUAACCCAACAAUGGUUGCUGGACCUCUCUUACAACCAGAGGUUAACGAAAGUGUUGAACCAAUUCUAGACAUAAUAAAUGGUAUACCUUUUCCAAAUAAUGCUAUUGGAUGGGUGAAUGUGAAAGAUGUUGCGAACGCCCAUAUUCGAGCAUAUGAGAUUGCUUCAGCUAGUGGAAGAUAUUGUUUGGCUGAGAGAGUGGUACACUACUCAGAACUUGCUAAGGUUUUACAUAAUCUGUACCCAUCAUUACAAAUUUCAGACAAGUGUGAGAAUGAAGAGCCAUAUAUAACAACAUUUCAUAUUUCCAAGGAAAAAGCUAUAAGCUUAGGAAUGGAGUUUACUCCUUUGGAAGUCAGCCUCAAGGAGACUGUGGAAAGUUUCCGGGAGAAAAAGAUUGUCCACUUUUAAUCAGCCUCAACAUCCCACUUAAUCAAUAAAACUAUGAUGUGGAAGUGAAUCCCAUCUAACAGAAUAACACUAUAGAAGUUUGUUGUUGAUGGAUAAAAAGUUGACAACUUCGAUUCGGUUCAUUUUGUUAUUAUUAUAAAUUCUGUGGUUGAGAAAUAGAGAUCGUAAAAUAAGGUGUCUAAAAUGUUGAAAUAUUAAAUUUGAUUUGGGUUUAAUCUUAUCUUCUGAUUUUUUGGGUUUAA